AUGGCACCAGCAAAGAAAGCAACAGAUGUGUAUUUCACAUUAAACAACGGCAACAAGAUUCCUGCCUUGGGUCUAGGCACCGUUCCAUCAGAUGAUCCAGCCGACGUCAAGGAUCAAGUAGUCACCGCCAUUAAAGCAGGCUUCAGAUUGAUUGACACCGCGUGGUACUACGGCACCGAGAAAUACGUGGGGGAAGCAAUUAAGCAAGUUAUCGCAGAGGGUAUAGUUAAGCGUGAGGACUUAUUCAUCACUACCAAGGUCUGGCCUUCGUUCUGGCACAACCCGGAGAAAUCCUUGGACCAAUCGCUCGAGACAUUAGGUUUAGAUUACGUUGAUUUGCUUUUGCAGCAUUGGCCCAUUUGCUUGCAUGGAGAUGAAAACGGCCAGCCUACUCAACCAAAAGAUGAGGAAGGCAAUUUGAAAUACGACGAUGAUCCAGCCACGGGAACAAAGUUUAUCGAUGUUUACCACACGCUUGAAGAUAUCUUGGACAACACGAGCAAGACCAAGGCGAUUGGAGUCUCCAAUUACUCGAUCCCCAAAUUGAAGCAAUUGUUACCCAAGAUCAAGAAACAUGUCCCCGCGGCAAACCAAAUUGAAUAUCACCCGCAAUUGCCCCAACAGGAUCUAGUUGAUCUUUGCACCGAGCACAAGAUUAUCGUGGAGUGCUAUUCGCCCGUGGGUGGACCUGGUGCACCCGUGUUGAAACUUCCCUUGGUGCAAGAGUUGGCUAAAAAAUACGACACCUCGGUAAAUGAGAUUGUCGACGCCUAUCAGAUUUUGAACGGCAGAGUCGCUUUGCCCAGAUCUUCGAACUUGCAACGUAUUGCCUCGAUUACGGGGUUGCCUGAGUUGACCAAGGAGGAAUUGGAUGAGUUGUACCAGAUUGGAGCUAAAAAUCCAACUAGAUACACCAAUGACCCAUGGGGUUACGGUAUCGGGUUCCGCUGGUGGCAAGGUGAUGAUAAAAGCAAAUCGUUUGAGUGA